CAUUAGCAGCUUGCUAAGUGGAUUAUAGAGGACACCAUAACCUCUGGAGCUGAGUGCGUGUAAGACUUCUACCUAUCAUCUCACAUGCCUGCAAAGUUACUCAGUCAUAUUAGCUCUAAUCUGAAGAACUCAACAUGUCAGGUCUAGAUGUCAGCAAUGAAGAGACGCAAACUAGGGUAAGUGUCAGCAAUGAAGAAACCCAAACUGGGACCACUACUGUGAAGAGAGGUAUUGCUCAAAUGCUCAAAGGUGGCAUUAUAAUGGAUGUCAUAAAUGCCGAUCAAGCAAGAAUUGCUGAAGAGGCUGGUGCAUGUGCUGUAAUGGCACUAGAGAAAGUUCCUGCAGACAUUCGCAAAGAUGGAGGGAUAGCACGAAUGGUGGAUCCUCGUAAGGUCAAGGAAAUUAUGGAAACAGUAACUAUUCCUGUUAUGGCAAAGUGUCGCAUCGGCCAUUUUGCAGAGGCUCAGAUUCUUCAGAGCCUUGGUGUUGAUUUUAUUGAUGAGUCUGAAGUAUUGACCCCUGCUGACGAUGAGAACCAUGUUGACAAGCAGGUGUUUACUGUACCCUUUGUGUGUGGUGCUAGGAACCUCGGAGAAGCCCUGAGGAGAAUAGCUGAGGGAGCUGCCAUGAUACGAACAAAAGGAGAAGCAGGAACAGGCAAUGUUGUGGAGGCCGUUCGCCAUGCCCGUCACAUCAACCGUGAGAUCCGAGUGGCCCAGUCGAUGAGUACUGCUGAGCUCUACGGCUACGCCAAACAGUUGGGGGUGUCACUGGACCUGCUGAGAGAAACUGCCAAGCUGGGACGACUGCCUGUGGUCAACUUUGCAGCAGGAGGGUUAGCCACCCCUGCGGAUGUGUCCCUACUGAUGCAACUUGGAGUGGAUGGAGUGUUUGUGGGCUCAGGGAUCUUCAAGAGUGGGAACCCAGAGAAAAGAGCCAAGGCCAUGGUGCAAGCUGUCACUCAUUACAAGGACCCUAAAGUGCUCGCUGAAGUCAGUGAAGACUUAGGAGACCCUAUGGUGGGACUCAACUGUGAGCACCUUUCAGAGAAGUGGGCCCAAAGAGAAAGUACACACAAAUGAGAACCUGAUCAAAUUUUUUGCUACUUCUAUUUCUUACAAGUAGCAUCAAAAUUAAUAUGUAUUGUCUGUACUGCUUUCCAAUUAUUAUACUAGGAAAAAUACGCUAUUUUUGUGGA